ACUGCACAAGACUCAAAUAGCCAGCGAGAGAGACAGCACCACACUAGGACGAACUGGAAGGCAAUCCAUGACACUCAGUCCCUCAGACAUAUUACAAGACACACUACAAGAUGCAGAACCACAUAGCCCUGAUGCCCAUCACCGACAACACAGACACAAUGGCACCCACAGAGAAUAA